AUGAACUAUACUUAUGGUCGAUCAAAAACAUUAAUUGUACAACGUCUACAAACUAUUCAACGACAACUUCAACAAGCAUCACAAGCAUUACAAGAUUUCGGUAAUCAGCCAUUACCUCAAUGCCUAUCUGAAAUGAAUCCUCUAUUAGAUUUUACAACAUUAUCAGCAAUGGUUACAGCUGUUGUACGUAAAGGUCAACAUAAAUUAAAACAACAAUUUGAAUAUAACAAAAAAAUGUUAAAACUAGACCCAACAGAUCACCUUUUUCUAAAAAAUGUUUACGAUUUUAAACCGAAUAAACAACAAAUUCGUUCAAUUCGUAAUAUAUGGAAAGCCAUUCAAAGUAAAAAACAAAUGGAAGAACAAAUUGAAAUAUUAAAACAUCGUAUCCAUUCGAAUUGUUUACCACCAACAUUUAAUCUUCUUGAUUAUUCACUUGAUAGAAUUGAGAAAAUGCUUAGCGGAUCAAAGCAAUCUUCUAGUAAUGAUAAUGAUAACAAGCAACAAACAAUAUUAGCUGCUCGUCGUUUAAAAAAAAUUGGUCGACUUAAAUAUGAUAUGCUUGAAUUACAUAUAUUUAAACAAUUAAUGGCAACUAUUGAAGCAUGUGAAAAACAUAUGAUCAAACGUGCUGAUUAUAUUACACAACAAAAAUUAAAGUCUUUUUUCGACGAAGUCCGGCGUCACAAGACAAUUCAAUGA